CAGUGGGUUCUGUGGAUGGACUCCUGGUGGUGUCAGGCUUGGCCGCCAGCUCCUUUCCCCGCUGAGCCACUUCACCAGCUCAUAAAGGCUUUAUGUUUCUUGGCAGGGCCUCAAACUCCGGAUCCCCCUGCCUCAGCCUCCCAAACGCUGGGCGACAGGCGUGCACCACCACGUCCAUACUUUACAGAUAAGGAAACUGAGGCCCAGAGAGCUGGGACCCACACCCUUAGGCUGACUCGUUCUCCUCUGUGUCCCCAGGUAGAAGAGGAGCUGACGCACCUCCAGAAGAAACUGAAGGGCACCGAGGACGAGCUGGACAGGCACUCGGAGGACCUGAAGGACGCGCAGGAGAAGCUAGAGCUGGCGGAGAAGAAAGCCUCCGAUGCUGAAGGAGAUGUGGCUGCUCUCAACCGCCGCAUCCAGCUGGUGGAGGAAGAGCUGGACCGCGCUCAGGAGCGACUGGCCACAGCCCUGCAGAGGCUGGAGGAGGCAGAGAAGGCGGCAGAUGAGAGCGAGAGAGGCAUGAAGGUGAUAGAGAACCGAGCCAUGAAAGACGAGGAGAAGAUGGAGAUCCAGGAGAUGCAGCUCAAAGAGGCCAAGCACAUCGCCGAGGAGGCCGACCGCAAGUACGAGGAGGUGGCGCGUAAGUUGGUCAUCCUGGAGGGUGAGCUGGAGAGAGCAGAGGAGCGUGCGGAGGUGUCCGAACUAAAGUGUGGCGACCUGGAAGAGGAGCUCAAGAAUGUCACUAACAACCUCAAGUCACUGGAGGCUGCUUCUGAAAAGUAUUCUGAAAAGGAGGAUAAAUAUGAAGAAGAAAUUAAGCUUCUGUCUGACAAGCUGAAGGAGGCUGAGACCCGAGCUGAGUUUGCAGAGAGGACAGUUUCCAAACUGGAGAAGACAAUCGAUGACCUGGAAGAAAAACUUGCCCAGGCCAAAGAAGAGAAUGUGGGCUUACAUCAGACACUGGAUCAGACACUAAACGAACUUAACUGUAUAUAACCCAAACCAGAAGAGUCCUGUUCCAACACCAACUCGACUCCAGAGAGUGUGCCAUGUCUUCCUCUCUUAUAAGAAGUUCCUCUUGUUACUGUGUCUCCACCUUGCUGGAAAUGCCAAGCAGAUAUUGAAUUCAUGACCAAAUAUUUUGUAUCAGACAAGCUUUGAGCACCACUUACGUUUCUUUCCUUUUCCUUUCAAAUGGCACCAGCUUCUUCAGCUAGUCUUGUUCUUAAAUUGCAUUUAUUCCUAAAAUAGGCAGGGAAUUUCACACUGAGUGUAGUUGCUUAAGGCUGAGGGCAUUUGGUUCCUGGGAAUUAGUCAGCCCCACACUUUCAAGCACAGGCUCAAGUAUCUGAUAGUAUCUGGUCACUGUUGGGGAAGUUAUGGGAGGCUGGGGGUUGUCACAAGAAAAAGUGUAGGAAUUUUCCACCUAGAGCAAAAAUUAAAAACGGGCUGCUAUGGGAAGUCAAGCCUGAUCAUGCCGAGCCGGCUCCACACUCCACUGUGCAGAACAAACUUCCUUUAAGCAUUCCAAGUGAGGAUGGUGGGGUGAUUGCCCGUGUAUUUUCAGACAGAUCCUUGAUGCUGUUCCGUGCACAUUUUCCUUUCACUCCAAAAUUGUUCUCUGAGGAGCAAGUGUCUUAUUCCAGGACUGGUCUGCUGUGGUCUAAAGCCAGGCACAGUGGUGCACACCUUUAAUCCCAGCACUCGGGAGACAGAGGCAGGUGGAUCUCUGUGAGUUUGGGGCCAGCCUGGUCUACAGAGUGAGUUUUAAGCCAGCCAGGGCUACAUGGUGAGAUCCUGUCUCAGAUAACAAACAAAAAGACUGUUAGCCAUCAAUACAUUGAGGAGACUGUUCUAAUAACAAAUGCUGGGCAACAAAAGGUCUCUCCAGCAGCAAGGUGAUAGAAAAAGAAAGUGGUUAAACUUCAUCUCCAUUGUUCAGGGAACAACAAAUGGAAGCUUGUCUUUGCCAAGACUUGAAUUCCUUCGGGAAUGACACUAGUAAAAGACCAAGAAACUCCUGAUUGAACUGGAUGUGGAGUAUUCUGUAGGCUGCACUUUUUUUUUUUUUUGCUCUGUUGUAGUUUUGCUUUCUCAGUUAACAUCUCAGACUGAAACAUUCCACAUUCCCUGGGAGCAUGGGGACAACUCGAGUUUACAAUUCCGACUGAAAAUCACCCUGCUUCUAGCUUAUCUGAACCCCUGCCCCUCACUCCUAUUUAUUAAGCAUCACACUACCAGGGAGGUGAACUUUUAGCAAACUGCAGUUGAAUAAAACCUACUCUGUUCUUUAGAUUCUUGCAAUUGUAUCAUAUGUGAUAAUAUCACUUUUUCUACAUUUUGGUCAAAUAAAUUUUUACAUAAACAAUG